AGCAUCGAUACAAAUCGAACAUAUUCAUUCUUUGGUCACACUGGGCAAGGUCUUACAUGAUUGAUAAUUUGUUAAUAAUUAAUUGAAUUCGCUAUGGCGGUGUUUUAUAGAAACGCUUUGCGAUGUUCUAUCAAUGGCUAUCGCUCGAUGUCUAUGUUUCCCAAACAUUACGCUGAACCUAUUAAAAAAAAAGAUAUGGAAGAAUUGAAUAAAAGUGAACUGACUAAGUUUUACCAUAUACCGAUAAAGCCAGCCCUAAACAGUUAUUCUGAUACUGUCUUUAACGACGAAAUCAAAGGGAAAAUGUUGAAUUAUAUAACAAAAAAUGGGAAUAAAAAUUUAGCCAGAGGACUUUUGUCAAGAACAUUAGAAAUAAUAAAACGUGCGCAGACUGAGCGUAUGCACCUGUCCCCAGACGAUAAACAGAAAGUUAAUACAAAUGCAGAAAAGAUAUUAAUAGAUGCUGUGGAAAAUAGUAGACCACUGCUUCAGCUGACAUCUAUAAAGCGUGGUGGCGUUAACUAUCAAGUUCCGGUUCCUAUAACGAAAAAAAGGUCUUACUUUCUCUCAAUGAAAUGGCUUUUAGAUGCCGCAUUUGAAAAAGAUAAUAAAGUAGGCCUUCCAGAGAGACUAGCUUGGGAAAUACUGGACGCUGCUCAUGGCCAAGGUAGAGUUAUAAAAAGAAAAGAUGAUCUGCAUAAGCAGUGUGAAAGUAAUCGUGCAUACGCACAUUAUCGGUGGAGCUAAUCGG